AAUAACCACAGAAAUUAUGGUUUAGGUUAUAUCCUUGACGUUUUUACUUUUUCUAUUGUCUAAACUAGCUUUUGGAUAUUUUGUUUUAUAUUUCGCUCAAUGGCGGACGAAAAAGUAAUUCUUAAAAGUUUCUUGGACACAAUAGAUACAGACAAUUUAUGUGGUAUAACUCGUUCUAUAUACCAUGGAGGUGGAAUUAAAAUCAACUCGAGGGAAGAGGCCGAAGCACUGCUUCUCACGCAAGAAAGUUGGCGCAUUCUAAGUUGCAAAAAAACAUCAUUGAAAUCUAUUUUACUUUUUUUAUUUAAACACGGUAUAAAUGUGCCACCCGAUGUAAAUAAAAUCCAGGCAAUAGAAUAUUUUAAGAUGCUCUACAAUUCAAAUGCGCUACAGGUGGCCAAUCCGGUUCAACCUGGCAUUCUUAAAAACAUGAUGGUACAAGCUCAACCUGCGCCACCAACACAAGAUCUCCUUGAAGAUUUUAUAAAAAUGUUUGGCAAACAUUUUUAUAAUCUAUUAAAUGACAAUGCAUUAGACGAUAGAUAUUUUUUUGAAAAUUCUUCAAUGGCUGUAAUUAUAGCCAGCAACACAGAAGAGAUCAAGGAGCAAUAUCACGAUACUGCGUCGGUGAUACAAGGCCUGUAUAAUAUAAAGCAACAACAUCAUAUCUUUUUCGCUCCUACAUUCGACCAAGUUAAGUGGAAAAAAGAAAGCCAUGGGCUUAUCAAAGUCCAAAUUGGCGGAACGCUCCACCAAGGAGUAGGGCGAAUGGUGGGAGUAUUUGAUCAAGCUUUUGUAUUAAGGGAAGAUCCUAUUGCUCAGAACACAUGGAAAAUUUUGAGUAUAAAUUUCUAUUUAAAAAGUCUGGUUCAAAGUGGUCCAAGUAAUGUAUUAAAUGGAAAUGAAAUAAAAAGUAUUACUUAUUAAAAAACAUAAUUAGUUUUUCAUUGGAUCAUCAAUAUGCUUAUGGUACCUAUAUAAGCAGGGCAUUUAAUAAAGUAUAGUCUAUUUUUAAGAAACUCGCAUCAAUGUAACAUAGCCUAGCCAACUAAAUUGUGUAAUGGCGAAAUGUAACAAUAACGACAUCAUUGAUCUUUCUAUCUUUUACUAGUUACAUCCUCGAAACCGUUGUGAAGAUAGAUCGCACCAUCAAAUUAGUAACAUGUUAUACCCCUAAUAAUUUAAACAGAUACCAGACACAUUAAAAUAUACACAUUAUAUUGAUAAUGAGUACUUGUAUAUAACUUAAUUAUAGUUAUGCAAGUUUUGCAGGAUUAAAAUAUGUUUGUACGCUUACCUAUAUUAUGUGGUUUGACAUUACAAUAUUAUGUUUAGUAAUAUGAAGAUAUUGUUUGAAUAAUUAUGCAUGUUUAUGGUAUUUAUUUGUUUUUUUUUAUUAUCAAUAAACCAACCUACAUGGUUCA